AUGGUCAACGACAUUGAAGCCAAACAUCCACAAACGAACAAUUUGGUCAAGUUUGCAGACGAUUUAACAGUAAGUGUUCCUGUCAUAUCGUCUGGUGACGCGGCUUUGGACGAGGUAACUAACAUUGAGAGUUGGGCAAGCAACAAUAGAAUGAAACUCAACUUUAAAAAAACCUGGCAAAUGUUACUAUGUACUCGUUCACCUGCCAUGCCUCCCCCCCCCCCCUUUAUUAAUGGAAUACGACUUAAAAAAUGGUUAGAACUACUUGGUGUCACCUUUCAAGAACACCCACGUUGUUAGGACAAGCAGGUAGAUAGCUUGUUGUCAAAGGCAGGAAGUCGAAUUUACAUCCUGAGAGUUUGUAAAUUCUACGGAUAUUCGCUAAAUGAACUUACUAAAUUGUUCGAUUCAUUGAUCCUGUCGUUAUUUUACUAUGCAAUUGAAGUAUGGGGAUCGGCUUUGCAAGCAAAAUACAUUGAUAAAUUCAACAAGUUUCUCAAUCGUGCAUUCCGAUAUGGAUACACUCAAAAUAAAUAUUCAAUGGCCAAGAUGAUUGAGGAGAGGGAUCGAUUAUUGUUCAAUAAGGUCAUGCACAAUCCUGAACAUUGCCUACAUGAGUUGUUACCAGAAGAACGUCAACGACCUUUAAGAGAACGCGAUCAUCAAUUUAUGUUACCAAAAGUUAAUUUACACAGAACGUUUUAAACGAUCAUCUUUGAACAAGUGUCUUUUUAAUGACUUUUAGCUUUAAAAUUUCGUUAUAUAUAUAUAUAUAUAUAUAUAUAUAUAUAUAUAUAUAUAUAUAUAUAUAUAUAUAUAUAUAUAUAUAUAUAUAUAUAUAUAUAUAUAGAUAGAUAGAUAGUGGUUUUUGACUUGUUUUCAGACGAGUGUAUACCAAACCGGGCAAGCAGAAAAUUCUACUUGACCGCGGCUGGGAUUAGAACCCGCGACCUUCGUAUUUAUAUUUAUAUAUAUAUAUAUAUAUAUAUAUAUAUAUAUAUAAAUAUAUAUAUAAAGUAUUUUUUAGUGAAUAAAAAAUACUUUCCUACGGUGAUUAACAUAUAUAAAAAUUAUAAAUGCCAUAUCGUGAUGAUUAACAUAUAUACGGCUGAAGAAGACAUGUUACUGUCGAAAUGGUAUCAGCAAAUUCGGCAUGGCUUUGGUGAGUGGCCAUGUAGGCGUUCAGGAAUUGUUGUGGCUGGUUGGGUUUGAAUAUACCAUCGGGCUGGUAGCUCAGUUGGUAGAGCGAUGGGCUUGUAACCCAGAGGUCGCCGGUUCGAAUCCGACUUAGUCCCAACUUUUCCUGUUCACUAAAAAAUACUUUCCUACGGUGAUUAACAUAUAUAAAAAUUAUAAAUGCCAUAUCGUGAUGAUUAAUAUAUAUAUAUAUAUAUAUAUAUAUAUAUAUAUAUAUAUAUAUAUAUAUAUAUAUAUAUAUAUAUAUAUAUAUAUAUAUAUAUAUAUAUAUAUAUAUAUAUAUAUAUAUAUAGAUAUAUAAUAUAUAUAUAUAUAUAUAUAUAGACAUAUACAUAUAGAUAUAUAUAUAUAUAUACAUAUACAUAUAGAUAUAUAUAUAUAUAUACAUAUACAUAUAGAUAUAUAUAUAUAUAUAUAUAUAUAUAUAUAUAUAUAUAUAUAUAUAUAUAUAUAUAUAUAUAUAUAUAUAUAUAUAUAUAUAUAUUUAACAAUAUGUUUAUUCAGCUAUUAUUGUGAUGCUGUACUCUAAUUAGGUUGGCAAAAAUCCAUUGCAAAGCGCGGGAGCAGUAGCACUUCUUCUUGCUGUGAAAAACAAUCCAAGCUCCGGCUUGAUGGAAAUAGAAUUGAUGGUAAGUUGUUUAUCAAUUAAAUUUAAACGGAAAAUAUCAAUAUGUUUUUUAUUUUCUCGUUUGAAAGAGCAUUUAAAAGCAUAUGUUACGUCACAACGUCACAUUUCGUUUCAGAUAAAUUAAUAUACUUAGGGAAAUAAUUGAAAAUAAUUUCCCUUUUCCCCCAGAAUUUGGGCGUCGCUUUUUUCGCUCUAGGGGCGUCCCAGGACGCCUGGACGCCAUUCUGGCUAAAAGCCUGGUUCUUCGUAUUUCUCAGGAUAUAACGGUGAACCAGGAAUUCCUCGCUUUAUUGAAAGAAAUCCAGGAUGGUCGACCUGGUAUCAAGAUUUCACACGGUGGUUCUGGUGGUGCUAACGAGAAGCCUAAAGAACGUCCAGCUCCGAUGAAGAUCUUGAAAAACUACAUCGAGAACAAUCAAAUGAGACUGUAUGAUUUCUUCUCCAUGAUGGACAAGGAUAAAAGCAUGAGUCUUACCAUACAGGAGUUUGUUAAUGGAUUACAGGUUCGUUCAUGAGAGAGAAAUUUGGCGAAUAAAGGAAUACCUAAUGGUUUUCCGUGCAGGAUCGCGUGAUCCAUGCACGAGGGAUGUCGCGAGACUUUCGGAAAGCGUGAAAAUACUCGAGCCGCAGGCCAGUGUAUUUUUACGCUUUCCGAAAGUCGAGCAACAUCCCAAGUGCAUGGAUCAUGCUAUCCUGCUUCGAAAACCAUUUGUUUUAUAAAAUAACUACUGUGAAACAAUGACAUUUUGAGAAUCCCGCGAAGGCAUUUUAAUUCCUCGUGCAGGAUAGCCUGAUCCUGCACGUCUAUUGACCGAUCAAAUUGCGUGUUUCACUGUAGUUAUUAUACAAAUUGUUUUACUAUACAUGGGUGUGAAAUGUUGGGAUCCUAGGUAAUAUAUUACUGUUACGUUUCAAAAAGUUUUUUCCGCUUUUUUGUCUGGAACAAUGUCGGUUGAAUUGGUUUUUGGAAAAAAAUGGGUUUUUUUCCCGAUAUAUCGAUUAACCGCCUCACCCUAAGUCCAAUGGAGUCAAACUGGGAUGCCUUUUUUCACAUGCGACCGAGGUGGAUUUAUAAUCCUAAUAACUGCACAGUGCAAUCACAGAGGUGGACGACACGUGCAUAAAAGGUUUAUACUGAUCUUUUUAGGAAACUGGGAUACAUAUGAAUGACUCUGAACUACUUGCGUUGGUUGAAUCACUGGACAAAGAUAACGAUGGUGAAAUUAAUUACAGGUAAUAUGAAUAAGGAUAAUGAUAGAACGGAUUGUUGAUGGGUUUUGUGGAUGAAAAUUUCGAGCAAAAAAUUUAUAUAAUUAUAUCAGACGUGACCGAGUCGCGAAAAAAAAACCAUCAGGGGUAUUUUAGGUUUUGGGACUUGGGUGGGAGCUUCCCCCAAAUUUCAGGGGUUUUUAUUGGGGGGGGGGGGGUUCCCCCUUCUAGUCACAAACCCAGACAUAAUUUCCUACGCUCACAUAUUUCCAAGUGAGGGGACAGAAAUGAUGUCCGAGGUCACCAACUGCACCUGCAAGUGAUCACCCAUUUUUGUGCUCAUGCAAGGUUAUAUGCCUUAUCACUUGCCAGUUUAAUAUCACGCGUAAAAUUCUCACAUCUUGUAACAAGUCUGCCAACAAGCCGUCAACAAGAUGUAUUCGCACUGCUUGUCACAUGUUGUCAACAGGUUUGGAACAACUUGUUGACAACUUUGUCGAAAUUAUCAGACUUGUUGCAAGGUUGUUUUGACACGUCCGUGACAUGCUUGAUAUAACAAGAUUGUUACAACCUUGUAUUGACAACUUUGUAACAUCCUUGUUAUAUCAUGGCUGUAACAAACUUGUUAGCAGCACACACUUGUAACAAGGCUGAUAAUGCCAUCAAGCUUGUUCCAAACUUGUUACAACAAACUGGGAACAAGCAGUGCGAACACAACUUGUUGACAGCUUGUGAACAGACUUGUAACAACUUUUACGUGUGUAAUGAGGUAAACACAGCCUGCAUGUACUCGCCCAGGUCUUGACUGAGGCUGUCACAAGAUCGUAUAUGUUUAUUACAGCGAGCUGAUGCUUGGUUCGAUUGAACAGAAGAAGGAAGAUCGUAAACAACAGUUGAAAGAUCAGGCGGAGGAAGAAAGACGUAUUAAAAUAUUGACUUCUUAGCAAGACUCCAGCUUUCAGAAGUAUAUAUAGUUGUAGAGGUAAGACACUUCAACGUUCAACCUGUUCUAAAAUCUACCGAUUUUUGUUAAUUCUACCUGGAAAUGGAUCCACUGGGGGGGGGUUACAAAAUUUGUAUGCAGUGCCGUAGCCAGAACGAUAAUUGUGUGGGCAAUAUUCAUAUAUUCGUGUUCACAUACCAUAAAAACAAUUGAUUUCAAAAGAAAUUAAUAAAGCAGAACACGAAUAUAUGAAUAUUUGCCCCCCCCCCAAUUAUCGUUCUGGCUACGGCACUGAUUUGUAAAGUCCUUGAAUUUCUAAAGAAGUGCUUGAACGUCUUUGAAUUUUACUCUCCCUGACUUGUACGGACCGUGGGCGAAACGAGAUAGUAACAUAACAUGAUUGUAAAAUUGGUACAGCUUACGUACUUGCUUAACGGUCAUACCCUUAUACCAUAACUAAAGCUUGAUGAGUUCACCCCGAAUCCAUCCCUGAUUCUACGUUAAGGUUCACAAGAGAAUUUGUAUCUGUCCGUUUUAUAUAGUUUAAAAUUUACCACUAAUAUAUUUUCUACUUAUAAAUAUACUUAUUAAUAUCAUACUGUACGUAUAAAAAAUAUUAAUAUAAAUUUUAUAAAUAGUACAUCCUAAAACGGUAACAAAAAAUUGAACACAAUUAUUUUGUAAACUGUGAAAUAAUAUAUAUUUUUAGUCUGAAUAUAUAAAAAGAACAUUCUUUGAAAGGACAUAAUAAAACCGAAGCCAUUUACUCGCUGCGAUUGCUUGCUUGAAUAUUUAAUCAGUUGGCCAGUGAUUUCACAUAAGGUAGUUCACAGGUGUUAAAUAUUGUAAAUUAUUCACAAAAUGUAUUUCUGUGACGUUUUAGUUUUUAUCCAAUAUCGUAUCUUUCGCAGUUUGGUAUUGAGGUUUACCAUUGAAAUAAGUACAGUAUAGAAAGUCAUUCAGCCCUUCAGGAUGCCCGAAGGCUUUAGUUCACACUCAAUUUUAUGACCAUUUUACAAUCACCAAGAUUUCUUAAUAUAUCGUUGCACACUGUAAAAUAUCACACUGGUCACUGUUCUAAUUCCAGUCUGACUCUUGCCUGGCGCUCUCCUCUUUCAAGAAGUUGUUUCAUACAUAUAGUUAUUGAUGGAGUUCCUCCAUAUGUUGCACGAGCUCAUUUUGUUUUGAUUUUCUUCGCUGUUUUCUGUUCAUCAAUAGCUUUCCUUUUCUCCUGUAGUUUCUUCACCUACAC